CCCCCCCCCCCUCCCCCUCCCCCGGGUGGUGGGGGCAGAGACACACCGGGACCGAGAGGGACAGCAAUAACUCACCGAGAGCGGCCCCUACUUCCCCACCCCCCUCACCCCCACCCCCCCACCCCCCUCACCCCUUACCUUACCCCACCCUCACCCCCACCCCAGCCUCACUCACUCCCGCAGGCUCUGUGUCCCUCUUGGGGGGGGGGGGGGGUCUGUGUCCAUUUCCCUGUCCCUGGGAGUGAGGGUGGUUGUGUCACUCUGGGUGGGGUUGGGUCUGUGUCUCUCAGACUGAGGGUCUGUGUCUGUGUCCCCGGGUGAGGGUCUGUGCCUGUGUCCCCGGGUGAGGGUCUGUGUCUGUGUCCCCGGGUGAGGGUCUGUGCCUGUGUCCCCGGGUGAGGGUCUGUGCCUGUGUCCCCGGGUGAGGGUCUGUGCCUGUGUCCCCGGGUGAGGGUCUGUGUCCCCGGGUGAGGGUCUGUGCCUGUGUCCCCGGGUGAGGGUCUGUGCCUGUGUCCCCGGGUGAGGGUCUGUGUCUGUGUCCCCGGGUGAGGGUCUGUGUCCCCGGGUGAGGGUCUGUGUCUGUGUCCCCGGGUGAGGGUCUGUGUCCCCGGGUGACGGUCUGGGUCUGUGUCUCUCAGACUGAGGGUCUGUGUCUGUGUCCCCGGGUGAGGGUCUGUGUCUGUGUCCCCGGGUGAGGGUCUGUGUCUGUGUCCCUGGGUGAGGGUCUGUGCCUGUGUCCCCGGGUGAGGGUCUGUGUCUGUGUCCCCGGGUGAGGGUCUGUGUCCCUGGGUGAGGGUCUGUGUCUGUGUCCCCGGGUGAGGGUCUGUGUCUGUGUCCCCGGGUGAGGGUCUGUGUCCCCGGGUGAGGGUCUGGGUCUGUGUCCCCGGGUGAGGGUCUGUGCCUGUGUCCCCGGGUGAGGGUCUGUGUCCCUGGGUGAGGGUCUGUGCCUGUGUCCCCGGGUGAGGGUCUGUGUCCCCGGGUGAGGGUCUGUGUCCCCGGGUGAGGGUCUGUGUCCCUGGGUCUGUGCCUGUGUCCCCGGGUGAGGGUCUGUGCCUGUGUCCCCGGGUGAGGGUCUGAGUCCCCGGGUGAGGGUCUGUGCCUGUGUCCCCGGGUGAGGGUCUGUGUCCCCGGGUGAGGGUCUGUGCCUGUGUCCCCGGGUGAGGGUCUGUGUCCCCGGGUGAGGGUCUGUGUCCCCGGGUGAGGGUCUGUGCCUGUGUCCCCGGGUGAGGGUCUGUGUCCCCGGGUGAGGGUCUGUGCCUGUGUCUAACAGAUGAGGGUUUCCUGGAUUGAAGAUCUUUUGAUGCUCAUUGGAAGGGUUUGACUGCAUUCCCCCACAAAUGAGACCGUGAGGAAUUCCAUUGGCAUCUUUCUCCCUCCUGUUUGGGUCACUGACUUCACUAAUUCCCUGGCAUGAUACAACAGAUCUGAAGCGCUCAUUCGAUUUGACAAGCCUGCAGCAUAUCUCUGGAUGGCUGUCGAUUUUGGCAGCACCGUUGAGAACAGGAGUCAGUCCAUGCCAGGAGAGACUAUGGUGACAGGGACUGACUGAAACCCUGAGUGAGUGAAAGAAGAUGAUGUACUCCUCCAGACGCAAACCUGUUCUCUAUUUCACUAAGGAAGAUAGCAGGUCAGGCCUGCUCCUUAGGAUGUUACCGAGAUGUUCCAUCUUUAAACUAUUCUGUACAUUAAUACUCCUUGGAUUUUUCUCUGUUAUAUGGCUGCACUAUAACUGCACAAUAAGCAGCAGGCGGAGCAGCAGCGACGAUGCCUUGGUGCACAAAUCUUGUCAGGAAGACACUGACAAUUCUGCCUGGGGCCCUCACAAAAUCGCAAUCAUUGUCCCUUUCAGGGAGCGAUUUGAAGAACUGUUGACAUUUGUGCCGUACAUGCAUGUGUUUUUAAACAAGAAGAAAAUCAGGCACAAGAUCCUUGUAAUCAACCAAGUUGAUCACUUCAGGUUUAAUCGAGCUUCUUUGAUAAACGUGGGUUUCCUGGAGAGUGGCAAUGACACGGAUUACCUCGCUAUGCACGACGUGGACUUGUUACCCCUGAAUGACCAGCUGGAUUAUGGGUAUCCUGAAAAAGGGCCAUUUCAUGUGGCGUCCCCAGACCUUCAUCCUCUCUACCAUUACAGCAGCUAUGUAGGAGGGAUCCUCCUCCUGACCAAGCAGCAUUUUGAACUGUGUAAUGGAAUGUCAAAUCGAUUUUGGGGAUGGGGCCGUGAGGAUGAUGAAUUUUAUCGUAGAAUCUCAGCAGCAGGGCUGCAGUUGUACCGUCCUACUGGAAUCAAAACUGGGUAUCAAACCUUCAAGCAUAUCCAUGACCCAGCAUGGAGGAAGCGAGACCAGAAGAGAGUGUCGAGACAGAAGCAGGAACAGUUUAAAAUCGACAAAGAAGGUGGUUUAAAAAACCUGAAGUACAGCGUGGUGUCGAGAUCUGAGCUGACGAUUGAAGGAGUACACUGCCUCAUCAUUAACAUCCUGUUGGAAUGUGACCUGAAUGAAACUCCAUGGUGUGUCAUAAACUGAUUGGACAAAGCCAGAAACUAACAGGGUCUCACUUUACUGACAUGGUUAUGGCGAUAUCAUGAAUAGACCUAUCACUGUGUGGUCAUGGGCUCCUGUUCCUAUCAGAGAUGCCCUUAACACAGAAUCAGGUGCUAAAGUAAUGCAGUAUUAGAGGGAGGCACAGAUGGACUUUCCCUUCUGGCUGAACUGUGCUGAUAGUUUCUGUUACAAAUUACUGCAUUGUAAAGGUCAUCAAGGAUGGAGUAAUAUGUUACUCAGGGGAAGUUGCUCACAAAUGAACAUCCAGUUUAAUUUUUUAUUUGGAAUGUUUUUACCAUUGAACUUGUUUUAUUAUUGAAAACAAGACCUGUCAACCAUUGCAAGUGGUCCCCUGAUGGAUUGUACCAUUUUACCCUGGUGAAGAACUUGACAUCAAUCGUUGUUAUACCACAGUUUAUUCUGUCUGGAGCUGAUGAGAUCACUCGAGUCAAGGGAAUCUUUUACCUGAAUUCAGUGACGACCAGGAAUUGUGUGAUUUGUAAACUUUUUCCUUCACAAUAAGCCGUAAACCACCCAUGAGUGUGACUUAAAGCCUAAAGCUGCUCCUUUUUGAUUCAGAUUAAUGGAACAAAUGUUUACAAAGAACUGGAUACUAGUACCCCCUUAUUCCAUGUUGGUGAGCACGGUUAUUAGACACAGACAGGCAGCAGCUUACUACAAGCCCACCAGAGUGGCCACCUGAAUUUGUUGAAUGCUGUUACACGUCUUGAAAUUCGGCCAGUGUGAAUGCUGUAAAGGUGACCAUCUGCCCAGCGAGGAAAGUUACACUUCCUAACCAAGUGUAAAGGGUGGGAAGGAUUUUAUAAUGAAGGAAACGGACACAUCAGGUGAAUAGGAGGCAAUGUGCUUUACACUUUUACAGCUGAUUCAUUGUGAUAUCGUAAAGAGAACCUUUGUCUACUUAAGGCUACUGUUACAGUGACAGUUUGGAUCACUCCAUGGCUGUGAUCUAUGGGGCCCCUGCUCAUCCUGAUUCAUUUUCAGCAAACAUCAUGAUAAGGAGCAGAACCGUGAUUCUCUUGGAUGUCCUGCCACCUGGUGGAAUAUUUGCAAUGCUACUACAGUAAAGUAUUAAAUGGGUGAACAUUCAUUGACCAGACCAUUUUGUUGCACACUUUAUCAGCUGUUGAUGAUUUUAAUGAGCCCUGCUCUGAAGCUGUUUUCAGUUUCUGCAGUUGCUUUUGAAAUGGCUUUUUUAAAAAAUUGUAUACAUCUUUCAAAAAUCAACUCUUUCUGAUGAUGAAAUAUGAAGUGAAAUAUAAGCAAGACCUUAUAGUUCUUAUAAUAAGACCUUAUAGUGAGGUCAAGACCUUUUUAAACCAGGAGACAACAAGCAGAAAUGUACCAGGUUGACAGGAAGAGAGUAACCAAAGCACAAAUAUAAAUAUUGUUUGAUCUCUUUCUGUGUUCUUGAAGCAUUGAAUUAGGAAAAAAAACCUCAAUGCUUUAAGGUUGCACAUUCCUUUUUAUGUAGCUCAAUGAAGGGUACCUUACCCUUCAGGUUAAUGGCUGAUGGAGGGUUACAGUAGUAAGCUAAGGCAAUGCUGGCAUUUAUCAAUGAAGUGGGUGGAUUUAUAAGUAAAUCUACAACUACAAAGACCUUUUAGAAUAUUUCCAUUUGUUUUAGUGUCUAUUAUGCUUUGCUAUGUAGGUCCAUGAGAGAGGGGAUGCAAUGAGUUCAGUAUUGGUGCGUAGCAACUGCCAUUCCUGUGCAUUUCUUUAUCAUAUUUAUUAAUUUUGCAGGUAACUCAUAGAAAUAAAUUAAUUUUACCAA